AUGCCUCUCGCCGGCGACACGAGAGGCCGAUUCAUCAUCCACCAGACGGACGAGAUCGUCUGUCCUGUCGUCUUCUGGCAUGCGAGAAACCACCGCACGCCCUAUCCACAGGCGAGAACAAUGGGACCAUUCAAGGGAACCAUCCAAUGGGCGCAACGCAUGAGCAGCCCUGAAUCGUGUUGCUUCUGGCGCCGUGGUGACCGACUGCACAGUGAUGCAGUGGCUACGGCGAGCCCGAGUCAGAGACGCCCACGGAUCGACACUUUCAACCACAUUGGGGGCUGCAUGCCACCUCCGUACUCCGUAUGA